GUCAGUCAUGCUAUAAAUUCAAAUGACAACUGUUUAUUUUAAAUUCUCAGUAUCUGAUUAUUUAUUCUUACGUAUUAAUUUAGUUUAUGUUUAAAUUCUGAUACAAUUGCACAUAGUAUAAACUAAGUUAUUGAAUGGCUACCUACAUUGAUUAUUUGUUGCCUCAGACCAGUGAAAUGAUCGCUAUCAUUGACAUCGGUGCGCUGGGUGGCGUGGAGGUGUUGGACGGUGGAUUGGUGGGCGGCGAGUUGACGGCACACGUGUUGAGCGCGCAGGCGGCCGCACACGCCGCCGCCACCGCUGCCGCCGCCGCACACCAGCAGCAUCAGCAGCAACAAAUGGCUGUACAACAAAUCAAAACCUCACCAUCGUCGGGCCGCUCGACGCCCGUGACAACGACCGCGUCAACGCCAGCAGCUGGCACCACUUCACCAUCGCCAAGCAAACUGUUCGUCGGCGGGCUCAGCUGGCAGACCAGCUCCGAGAAACUACGCGAGUACUUCGCCAUGUUUGGAGCAGUCACCGACGUGCUUAUAAUGAAAGACCCAGUCACACAGAGGUCGCGCGGCUUCGGCUUCAUUACCUUCCAGGAGGCUUCGUCCGUGGACAAGGUGCUCGCCGUGCCCGUGCACACACUGGACGGCAAGCGCAUCGAUCCCAAGCACGCCACGCCCAAGUCGGCGCCGCGCCCGGCCAAAACCAAGAAGAUAUUUGUGGGAGGCGUCGGUCAAGACACAUCUGCCGAAGAGGUCAGAGCAUACUUUUCUCAAUUCGGUGUCGUCGAAGACGCCGUGAUGCUGAUGGACCAGCAGACGAAGCGGCAUCGUGGUUUCGGCUUCGUCACUUUCCACUCUGAAGAGGCAGUCGAGCGUGUAUGUGACAUACAUUUUCACACUAUAAAGAACAAAAAGGUGGAAUGUAAGCGCGCGCAGCCAAAGGAGGCAGUGGCGGCAGCACCGCUGGCGUUAGGCAAGCGGCUGGUGCUGCGGCCGGGCCGCGGGCUCGUGUACACGAGCGGCGUGAGCGGCGUGGGCACGGUGCCGGCGGUGGGCGCGCACGCGUACCGGUACGCGCCGUACGCGCUGCCCGCGGCGACGGCGGCCACGGCGCUGGUGGCGCCGCCCGCGCCUGCGCCGGCGCCCGCUCUGCCGCAGUUCGGCGCGGCGUACUCGCUGGCCGGCGUCGACAUGUCUUCGUUCCAGGGCGUGGAUUGGAGCGCCAUGUACGGCCUGCCGAUGUACAUCUAAGCACCCACCCGCCUACCAGAGGUUAGGUCAGCUCGGCUAUAUUAUUUUUAUUCUUUCUUACAAUAGAGUUCCUACGUACUUUCGUUUGUAAUGUUUGUCUUGCCGCGUUCUCGGAGUGGCCACAGAGGGAAUGAUCAGUAUUCGAACGUAGUUAAGGUAUUCGGCUCAUUAGUAUUAGUGUAAGACGAUUUAAUGUGACAAGCAAUAUUUUGCCCGCUACGGGCGUCAAAGAUAACGCAUUUCAUUUUUUUUUUUAUUAAAACGUUAGUGGUAAGUGGUUCCCAUUGGGUACGCCGCGAUGGGAUUAUUUUAUUUAUGUUUACUGCUACGCAACGUACUUAUUAAUAAUAUUUUAUUAUACUAAUUUAUACUUUAUAAUCGCGAUUCCAAACAUCCGGAACGCGAACGGCGAUACUUAAAUUUAUAUUGACAAGUAUUGAAUUAUUAUCGUUCCCAGUAUAGCGUAACCGAUGGGAAUGUCAAUCUUAAAAUUAAAUGUUAAGGCGAAGAUCUCAAAUAAUUUAGUUGCGUCAUUUGAAGUGGUGAAAAAGGAUCCUAAUUAUUUUCGUUUUUUCAUGUGUUUUGAAUUUGUAAUUAGUAGAGGUAGUGCACGCUGUAUGGCAGACGUAAUGUAACGGUGUUUAUUGAGAAGACUUGUAUUUUGAUGAAUCUCGUGUGUCGCAGAGCUGUGUAUUUUUUUCGUUUAGUUUAUUUUUAUUUUAUAUACAUAAUAUAUAUUAUUAUAAUAAAAUACGUACUUAUGCGUGACAAGCAACUUCGUGUGACUGGGCCGAUACUUCUUUAUUGGUUUAUAUAAUAUUUUAACUUCAUUCUUCCUACGAUUUCUAUCUACAUAAUACAUUAUUCAGAGCAACUUAAUGCCGGUGACUAUCGACGAGCGCAACGUCUGUUUUUCGUAAUAUUUAUCAGUAGCCUGCACUGUAUUUAACAUUCAUACAGAUCAGCCCCAUUUUCGUCCCAGGAUAAAAAAGCUAUGAAAUAUUUAUACACUUUGCUCCUGUUUGUCGUUCUGGUAGUGUAUGAUAAGAUUUUGUUUUAUUUGUUCAUAAUGUUGCAUUAGACUUUGUGUUUUUUUAAUGAGACGUGAUAUAAAGUGUAAUGAAAUAUAACCUUACUAUGAUAUUGUAUUUUUCGUGCCAUUUUUCUAAAUGUGCCAAAAUAUUCUGUCCCAUGCGGGAAGAACUAAAUAUUAAUACGUGGAUCAGGUAUUCACGACUUAACACUGGAAACAUACUGUGACGUAUCAUUCGUUAUUACGGAAAUAUUGUAGGUAUCAAGAAAAUGUAUUAGCAAGCGGUGACUCCCUACGAGCUAUGACAUAUUAACUCAUCAGUUAUACUGUCGUGGAGUUAUGUGGACAGAUACAUACGCUUACAAACAUCAGCAGCUCAGUACUGAACUAGGUCAGGGGUUGCUGGGGCUCCACAUGACGUAGAUAUUGCCUUGCAAAAAUAAUAGCUUCAUCAGUCAUUGGUUUACUGAAGAUUAAACCGUACAAUAGCGUCGUGAAAUUCUAAUGAGCUAGACUCGUAACCUAGGGUACGCAAGUAAUGGUUAGCAGAGUAAUGUCUUAGGUUGUACUGCUUUUAGCAUUACCAUAUUCCAAUACAGGACCGCACUUUGCCCAUCAUGACUUCGACCACCUGUGAUGUUUAUGAUUCGAUAACAAUGCCGCGUCCAGUCGCACGAUGUUGCGCUCACAUCGCGCCUUCACAAUACUCUAAUCAUACAUAUCUAACUGCGAAAGCAAUCUCAUACACAUAUAUUUUGUAUUAUUCGUAGUGUAUAGAUGCGUCGGGGGGCGGGCGGCGUGUUGUUUGCGAUCUUACUUACCGGUGACCUCAUUGCUCAAUUGUCUGUAUUGUGCAUCGGUUAUUUAUUAAUUGUAUCAGUAUUUAUUGCUAUAAAUUUGUUUUGCGGUGUAAAAAAUACUUGUAUUCUAUUUUGUCAUAAUAACAUCUUGUUACGUGUCUAAUUAGAGUUGUUUAAGUCUCUCUACUUAUCCUAAAAUCUAUGCACGAUGUUUUAUUUUUGAGUUCGGGUUUCUUUUCCAUGUUUUCAUAAUUGACAAUGUAACUACACACCGCCCGCCUCCGGUACAAAAUCAGUGCGUUUUAAUAUAAUAUUAGUGAAUGCGCAACUAACACCAGUGUGUCGAGUGACAAUAAGUUAGCGUAAUACCGCCGUAGUGACGUCAGAUCACCGCCCGCGGCACGCUUCGUCCGGCCGCGCGUCGUCCCGUACGUAUUAAAUGCAUAUAUUAUAUAGAAAUACGUGGUAUUUUGCAAAUGCAUACUAUAACGAAUUCUACGAAAUGCCAACAAAUGCUAGACAUUUAGAUUACGUUGGUAGGCUGAAAUGAUAUAUUGGCAAAUCUACGUUUUUCGUGUUGUAUUAUUAGGGCAUGUUAAUAACACCAGCUGUAUAUCGUUAACAUUAAAGACCAUAUCAUCACCCUCUUACCGGUUUUGAUUAGUGAAUGUGUGCUCUCUUAUACUGCAUCUAAAUCAAUUGAGAGAUUAUAGUUAUGCGCAAUGAACGCGCAGUGCCUAUACAACUCUAGUCAAAGUUCGUGUAUAACGUUGUAAAAGAGAGAUAAACCACCUCCAAACGAUAUGCAUUUAAAUUGUCUACUAUAGUCAUGUCAAAAAAAUUUGAAGAAUACACGAUAUGAUACCACAAAUAAAGUCAGUGUAGUAGGAAAUGUGCGUAUAAAGCUCAUCUGCUAUAUAAAUAAUUAUUUUACGGCACUACCUAUUUACCUAAUCAGAUGUCUAGGAUUUAGCUGUCAUUUCGUAAAACGAUAUUUUUUGCUUUGACAUCGCAGUAGGUUUAAAUUGUAUGUACUUAUGUACGAUACUUGAUUAAAAUCUAUAAAUAUUUCAUAAAAUACUUUUCCUUGUGGAUUAAUAAAAUCGAAUAUGACACAGAUAAAAGAUUUCUAAACUGGUGUAUUUUUCAUACAAAUUAAUUUCUAAUCACAAACUGAAAAUUAAUAUAAUUUUAAAAUAUUACGAUGGUGCCAAAUUGAAAGAAAAAUGUAGUGUUUUUAGGCAGGCUUGUGUGAAACUACAGUUUUCAUCAGAAAAAGAACUAAGUUUUGUAAAGAAUAUCAUAGAGGGCGCGGCCAUUACGAAUCUCUGGUUAAUGGUAACGGUUUUUAUAAACGACGCCCAUAUCAUUAACAAAGAUUGGACUCUCGAUCUACACACUAUAAAACCACAAGAAAUUAAUAUACCAGUCUAUAAAAUAAUACAUGUCAAUAAAAUGUAAAAGGCAGCUAAGUGAAAAUAAACGCGAAACCGUUUAGAAUUUAGAUUAAUCGUAUUCAGCGGAAUAACUAUCAGACAACAGACAAGUUGUCUGUGUAACUAUUUUUUAUGUAUGUCGUCUUAAAUAUUUCCACAAUAUACUCGAUCAUAGUCUACGUAGUACUUAAUUUUAAAUCGUAUAGUUUUAAAUAUUUGAAAGCAAUAUAUUACACCCUGUGAUUAGCGAGUAUUAGAAAAGACAAUUAAUGGUUGUGUUCGUGCAAUUUGUAGACUUAAGGCUGUUUCGGACUUGGUCCUGUUUAAUCCCUAAUUAAGUAAUUAAUCUAAUCUCUAUGGCCCUUUUCCGACUCCAUUUUUGUCUGAAUUGUUAUUAGCUGAACUCCUUGCAGUAUUUCUAAAGAAUGUUUUAAUGAUAUGACACAUGACAUCAAUUUCUGUUGCCACAAAAUAAACGAAGCUGUCUAUGUUUAUUUCGAUAAUAGAGCUGCAUUCUUCAGGCAAGGAGUUUAUAUAUUUUUCAACCCUAUAAAAUCCGAAGCUUUGAAAUAUACCAUUAAUAAAAACAAUUGUAAUUUAAUCUGAAAGGGUGUUUAAAAAUUCAUGUAAUUUAAAAUAACAUUUUAGCAAAACUGCAUUAAUAUGUUUUAACGUGGUCCUUAUUAUAUAUUUUCUCAAACCAACUCUGCCGUUUGGUUCAUAAUGUAAUACAUUCUUCCGUAGGCGAUAGCCUAUUCACAAUCAGCAGUCUACUUUUUUAAUUAAUAAUAAUUAAUAAUUAAUUUUUUAUUCGACACAAGUCUGACCCCAAGCGUCGUCAUGUUGACCCUAUUUUGUUAGUUAGUAAAUAAAUUGUGAAUCUCAUUGAAUUUGAGGUUUUUUCGAUAUAUGAGAAGGAUGAAUACGUUACUAGAACCUUAAAACCACCUAUGCCGUGGCACAUUUUUAUUGGUUUAUGAAUAGGACACUUCUUAUUCAUUGUACUUAAUUAGUUACGUUAUUUAGCUCGAGGAUUGUUUAUAAGAAAUUUCAUAUCCGUAAAAAAUAGUUUGUCAAUAAACACAUACUGGUAAAAUAGUACUGAAAUAGUACGUAAUUUAAGCGUCUUAAUACUAUUACAUGGCGUAGUAAAUGUAUUUGAGCACUUUGUCAUUUUACUGACUCGAUUUUAUACAUAUUAAUUUAUUUUUCAGUCAUAUGUAUAUAUUAAAUUAAAAUAAUCGUUUCGACGCUCUUAACCUGACUUAAAGUUGCUAACCUAUAACCAAAAAAAAAAUGGUAUGUAAAUUACCUUAUAAAUAAUUAUAAUACAAUGUCUGAUCUGUACAUCGAUGCAAACAUAUAGUUUGACUCGCGUAUCCAGCAAGUGUCGGUGUUAAUUUAUUAUUUUCAAGUUCAACUCUAAAGAGCUUCUAAAGUACUUAAACGGUAGGUGUUAGUUGUUUGUUACGGGACGAGCGCGACACGGAUGAAGCCACGCGGCGCACAGUAGUGCAGAGUGCAUGCGGUAGCUUAGCCGGCAACAUUCCUCCCGCCUGCCGGCUCUUAAUGUAACCUUGAUGUGUGGAAACUGUGUUGUGUUAAUGGGAUUUAGUACCGCACUCAACAUACCGGUAAAAUGGGGUGACUAGUGAAGGUAAAGGGGAUGAACGAAGCUGAACUUAGAUUAUGAUAUUAUACAGUUUACUCAAUGAACUGUGGUCUGCGCAAUAUUAAUGAUUCAUCGAUACAUUCUUGACAAAAAAUAAUCUUUAGGUUAGGUACAGUCGAGUAAGUUUGCUUGUGUGAUGAUCUCCGUUUGAAAUUCGUUUCUUUUUACCCCGUGAGUUCUAUUCAUUCAGUUUUACCGUCGUAUUUUGAUUUCUAUUUUUUAAGCAUGUAUUCCCAUAAACUUGGCGCAUUGUCAAUUAGAUGACAUUUUAUACGUAUUCCUGUGUUACGUCAUUUUGUUGUGUUAUUUUGUUCUUAUAUUUUUCCACACAUCACGGCUACCGAAUGCUAUUGUUAUACAUGUACACACAUACCUAUCCUUUAUUAUAUAUAGCAGUAUUGUUAGUUUAAGUAGGCUUAGACACCUCCUGAGAUUAAUCGUUGUGGGGCGUUUGACGCGAUUUUCUAUUGAAAUUAUAUUAUUAUUUUUAUCUUCUAUUUGCAAAUGUUCAUUAUAAAUAAUUUGAUCUUUGUGAUAAAAAAGUGUGUUUAAUGAAAAAGUCAAAAUGAGAGGAUAAAUUGAUCUGAGUAUCAUGAUCAUAUAACAUAUUAGUAAAUCCGCACGUGCAAAACAGUUAAACUGCUGUUUUGUUCACCAUUGCAACAUACGCAUAUUGUGUACUUUAACAUCGAGUACGUUUUCAUGAUUUCAUAAAAUGCUCCCAGUAGCGCUAUAGAUUGCUGGGUAUUAUAGUAUUGAAAGCUGUUGCUUUUUAUUAGUAUUCUAGGCUUUUUUAAAAGUAGUUUACCGUACUCCCGGUAUUGGAGAAACGCGACACACGCUCCACGUCCCAAACAACACUUUUGUAUAUUUGAUAUUUUUCCUCGAAAAUUUUUCAGUAUUAGUUGGUUGACUAUAAUAUUGUGAUUUGAGUAACCCCUCCGCCCGGCGGCCGCUUGUCUUGCCAAACCUGUCUCACAGCUGAGCGGUGGCCUUAGUACUUAAUUUUAUUUUAUACCUUUCGAAAUCACUGCGGGUCCAUAAAAGAAAAUACUGUUUUUCCUAUUCAAUGUCAAAAGAUUUUCCGAACAGUGAUUUCGAAAGUAUCUUUCCAGAAUACUGUAUUAAUUACAGUCAAUAACUGGUUUUUGGGCCGCGGCGUGGGCUGAGCUUGGUCCCAGCCGCGGUCAUGUAGGUUAGCGUCCGUAGUAUAUAGUUAGUAUUUCCGUAUGUAUGGAGCACCUUAGUAUACCAGAUGUGUCAUUACAUGGUUACAAUUAGAAAAUGUGUGUUUUAUUUAGAAAAUGAAAUCUCUGAAGCGUGGGCAUAGAUCCUAUUGGGUUUGGUUUUUCAAUAGUUUGCACGUUGAGUUGCGUAGCUAGUAACGGCACCAAGUUGGGCGCCAUUAACAAAAGUCGAGUUCAUCGCGCCUCUUAGGUGGGCCGCAUACAUGGUAAGUCGUCGAUCGAGGCAUGCAGAAACUUAUUUAUUCAUUUAUAAUAGUGUAGUAUAACUUGUGACUAACUUGAACUUUCCCUCACGGUCGGUAGACUUAAGGGUGCUGCCGAGAGUUAUGCGACUCGUCGAGACUAGCGGGUGAAGGCUUUAAACUUGACUAUGUUACUUGACGUAGUUAACGAAGGUUCUUUGCCAGCCAGUCAGGUGUCUAGUCGUGUAUUUUCGGCCCGCGUCCUAAAGCAUGGUUGGCAUGGACUUAUACGUAAUAAAACGAAUAUCUUCCAUUAAAAAAAAUUCACUGUCAAUUUCUAAGGCAUAUGCCACACGUUGGUUGUGAUACGUGCUAUUGAAUAUUUCUUUUAAAAGUACGCGACGUGUAAAUUUUAAAAGAAAUAUUAUAAACGUAGACACGUAGUGUAGACCUUUUAGUGACGCUUCGCUUGAGGCCUACGGUCUUCCCAGGAACGUUCUUUUGCCAAAUAAUCAGGCCAAAAGUUAGCCAAAAGGUAAUCUUGCUCAAUAAUGGGACGGUCGCAGCUGUAAACCUAACAAGAAACUGUGAAACUAUAAAGUGUGAUCCUACAUAAUAUAAUAUUAUUGGUAGGAUUGUCACAAGCGUUCAAAGUGACAGUUUCUGUAGUGAAACAAUUUUAGAGAUGUUCGAAGUUGUGAAAUAAUAAUCAAUAAUGUAAACAAAGCCAAAACCGCUCUAUUAUGCCUCUAGCUUAAGAAUGAGACAAUAAUGCGAAGGGACGUCGCCAACUAAAGCUAUUUACGAGGGACGAUCAGUUAGUUAGUAACGUCGCUAGAGGCGCCUCUGCGCACACAUUGAGCUUAGUUUCGCAUUACAGCCGCAGCGGCGCCACUGAGCGCAUGCAUGGUCGCCCUCGGCAACCGAUACAUUCCUUUCUAGUCAUUUUUAUUAAGGUAUUCUCUUUGAAUUCGGCGGGAAAACAGUCUAAAUCUUGCUCAAUACUUGUUCUUGCCUAGUUGUAGUGUUUCAUUGUGUUUUAUUGUCGAUAUAUCGAUGAAGCUUGACGCCGUAGUGAUGUGCCAUAAUGCAAUAGCACCGCGUACUAGCGCUUCGCUCCAGGUAAAACUGGACCAAUGUAAUACAUUAAUAAUUAAAAAAUAUAUUAUAUAUAUAAAAAAGUAUAUUCAUAAGUUUAUAAGAUAUACACGUUUUUGGAUCGGUAUAAAUAAUGUUAUGAUACAGACAACAACAAAAAAUGUGUGUUUUUAAUCGUAAUUGCGAUGCUAGAGUAGUGAUGUAGUGUAGUGGAUUUUGAAGUUUUACAUACAUACAUAAGUAUGACUAACCGAAAGCAAUAACGUUAUUAUAUAUACAUAUAUAUUAAAAAGCACGCGCGCGCCGUUCGUGAAUCUCAUUUCAGGGGAUGGAGCAGAACUGUAGCAUGUAGCUGGGGACAAACAUGUGUGGUGUACCUACAGCUGGAAAUCAACCAAGCGAUUAACAAUAGACAUAGUCAGAUCGGCCUAUUAAACUUUUUCAUUUUCAUAUUGAAUAUAAAAUGGUUCUCUCUAAGGUAUUAAAAAACACGUCUUAUGAUAUAAAGAUAAUAAUAAAAAAUAUUAAUAAUAGGAGAUAGGAGACAUCAAAUGUAGUAGAUGUGUGAUGGUUAUCGCAGAAGACAAGAACACGUGACUUAUUUAGAUAAAAGUUUUAGUUUUUUUAUGCUUACAUAUAAAGAAAAAAAAAUGUAACGCUCUACCCCAUAUACCAACGACUAAAUGUUUACAUUUUAAUAACUUAUUUUUCGAUAAAAAAAAAAUCAAACAAUUUUAUAUCAUUUUUGAGAUAUUUAAAAUGAAAGAUUUUCAGAAAAGCCUUUUAGAAUACGUUUAUCCAAAUUGGUAAUGAUUCAGUUGUGAUUGAACAAAUUAUUCUCACACUGGCCGUUGAUGAGACCGUUAUUUACUUUGGUAAAAUUUGCAAAUGUGAAUGAACAAAAUUAAAAUGUACAUCUGAGCCAAGAAUAAAAAAUUUAAGUCUAGAAUACUCCAAGGAAUAUCGAACACUUCAGAAAUGGAGCGUUUAAUUACAACCCCAUUAAAAUGUCUCCAAUACCGCAAUAUUAUUCACCUCUUUUCAUUUAAUAUUGAGAAACCUUAAUUAUUUAUCCCUAAAUGAUAAUACUAUCAUUACGGCGGGUUAUUAGUCAAAUAUGUAUAAUAAAUAAUGGCAUUUUUAUCUUUAAUCAAAAUUACUCCGAUAGUAUUAACACAUAUAUAAGUGCUAUUUAUAGCAAACCCAUAAAAUUUCUUUCAUUUGUUAAGGAAUCCUAAUAAACUCUUCUUGGUAAUUUUUCAUAGGAAUGGAACGAUGUUGGUCCAUUACAUAACGCUAUAAAUUUGAAAGGCCAUUGCGGCUUUGAAAAGUUAAACAGUAUGUAUAUAGGAUCUUACCUUGCUACACACUACAUAACGGCUCGUUGCAACUAAGUACACAUUAGCAUGUUUGAAAAACACAGAGGCACAGCGGCGCGCGCUCGAUUCAUGUUAGAGUUAUUAUUAUACACAUUCAUACAAUAUAUAAAAUAUUUUUGUAUAAUAGGCAUCAGUGUACUCUGUAGCGAGUUGGUAGUGCCCGACUGCGACGCUCACCAAAAUUGCGCAUUGACAUGAAAAAAGCUAAACCCAAA